UUCCCCAUCACCCCCCCCCCCCCCCCUCUCUUUGUUUAUUGUUAUUACUAUUCUAUCAGUUAUUCACAGAAUCCGCGUCUUCUAUGAACUUUCCCGUGAUCUCAUCAAUCUCUCUUCAAUUCUCACCAACAUAAACCACCUCAAUCCCAAUUUACAACCCCUAAUUUCACCAAAACCCUAACUCAAUCACUCAAUCCACCAAAUUCACCUUCAACAAUGGCGGAAAACGGUGAAGAAAAGCUAAUCGCCGUCGCACGUCACAUCGCCAAAACCCUAGGUCACACCGACAACGCCAUGGCCGACGAUAUCCUCCAAAUCUUCUCAAACUUCGACGGUAGAUUACGCGAAAAACUCACCGAAACCCUAGCCGAUCCCGACGAUUCGAGAACCGGUGUUUCCGUGCUCGAUCAAACCCUAAAAUCACUCGAUCGCCAGAUCUCGCGUUACGUCACCGUUGACCAUCCGAUCUGGUCCGACUCAGCUGACGCGAGUACGUUCCUCGACGCCGUUGACGAGCUGGUUGCUUCGAUCCGCGAGUGGACGCCGUUAGCCGCUGAUAAAGCCGUCACGGCUUGCCUUGACCGAGCUGAGGAUUUGCUUCAACAGUGUAUGUUUCGGCUGGAAGAGGAGUUUAAGCUGUUGAUGGAACGUAGCGGCGGUGGAGAUUCGGUUGAUUAUGGUGGGAGAGGGAGUGGUGGUUAUGUGGAGUCUGAUGAAGAUGAGGAGAAUGAAGGAUAUGAGGAUGUGGAGAUUCCGGUGGCGCAUCCGGUGUCGGAUUAUAAUAUUAUUAUCGACGCGGUGCCUGCGGGGACGGUUAAUGAUCUGCACGAGAUAUCGAAGCGGAUGGUGGGGGCGGGGUAUGGGAAGGAGUGUUCGAUGGCGUAUAGUUUGUGUAGGAGGGAGUUUUUGGAAGAGAGUUUGUCUCGGUUAGGGUUUUCGGGUUUGCAGAAGUCGAAUGCCGGGGUGAGAGAUGAUGAUGAUGAGAUUGAGAUUGAUAAGUGGAUUAAAGCGAUUAAUAUGGCGGUUAGAGUGUUUUAUCCGAGUGAAAGACGAUUGUGUGACCGUGUGUUUGGGUAUUCGUCGGCUACGGCUGCUGCGGCGGAUCUUUCGUUUAUGGAGGCGUGUAGGGUUUCAGUUAUGGAGCUGCUUAAUUUUGCUAAUGGGGUUGCGAUGGGGAGUAGGGCGCCGGAUAGGUUGUUUAAGAUUCUUGAUGUUUAUGAAGCGGUGAAGGAUUUGAUGCCGGAAAUUGAGGUACUGUUUGCUGAUCAGUAUUGUUUGUUUAUAAGAAAUGAAGCUAUAGGUGUUUGGAAAAGACUAGGGGAGUCGAUUAGAGGUAUUUUUAUGGAAUUAGAGAAUUUAAUCCGUCGUGAUCCGGCUAAAGCUGCGGUUCCUGGUGGCGGUCUGCAUCCGAUAACGCGUUAUGUCAUGAAUUAUCUUCGGGCUGCCUGUUCUCGACCAACCCUAGAACAAGUUUUCGAUGAAAAUGUUGUACCUCCGGUGGUGGUGGAUAGAUCUUUAUCACCGUCAUCUCCAUUAGCAGUACAAAUGGCUUGGAUUAUGGAAGUCUUAGAGAGCAAUCUAGAGGCAAAAUCCAAGAUUUACAGGGACCCUGCUUUAUCCUCAGUUUUCAUGAUGAACAAUGGAAGGUACAUUGUUAAAAAGGUUAAAGAUGAUGAAUUGGGUUCGCUUCUAGGCGAUGAUUGGGUCAGAAAACACACAGCAAAAGUUAGACAGUAUCACGUGAAUUACCAAAGAAGUUCAUGGAAUAAGAUACUGAAUGCUUUGAAAUUAGACAACAAUAACUUAUCUCCUAAUGUCGCUUCAAAGGCCAUGAAAGAAAAGCUUAAGCUAUUUAAUUCUCAAUUCGAGGAGAUUUGUAGAACUCAAUCCACAUGGGCUAUAUUUGAUGAGCAGUUGAAAGAGGAACUGAAGCAUUCGGUGGGUUCCGCUUUGCUUCCAGCUUAUAGAAGUUUUCUUGGCAGGUUUCAAAAUAUCCAAGAUAUUGCUAAAUACGCUGAGAAAUACGUUAAAUUCGAGGUUGAAGACGUCGAGGCCCGAAUUGAUGGUUUGUUUCAAGGAACUGCAGUAUCCGGAAGUGGUCGGAAAUAAAACGCCAUCAAGUAAGCCACCCUUGCUUUCGCUUUUCAUUGAUACAAGUUCAGUUUUGUAUCAUACUGUCUUAUGUAUGCAUACUUUUCUAGCGUAGUUUAUGUGGAUUAUGUUUUAUGCCAUGUAACAUUUGUAAAAUGUUGGCCAUUUGUAUGUGGUUAAUGUUGAUCCAUCGAUGCCCAGUUAUACAAAUGUAAUGGAAACUAAUUCUCUUGCUCUUCAGAAAACCUUAUGUUUUGUACUUUCGUUUAUGACAUAUUAGCUUUGUUACAA